AUGAACCCCCGCAAGGAUCGAUACUCCCGCCUCCAUGAGUUGGACGACUUCCACGGCGAGCCGAUGGGGGUGGAUAUAUCUUCUCUUGAAGGGCUGCCAUUCGGUAUGCAGUUUAGUGGUGCGACUCCAGAUGAAGAGAAGGAAUCAUAUGGUGAUAGGAAAAUACCAUCCGCAUCGACAUCGGACUCUAGUCUGCAGGCAGACAAUGCGGAGGAACCGACCAAAUCCGUAGGCGUCACGGUAUCUGAACAGCGGCGCACAACAAUCAUCUCUACCAAGGGCGGCUUUGCAGCGGUCGAUCUGAGUUCCCUGGAGGGACUGGGACAUUUGUACCCGACUAGUUCAGAAAGACCGAAUUGGAGACCUUUUUCGAUGAAAAACCUUUACAUCAUAAUGUUGAUAGUCGUGUCGCUCACACUAGCUGGCGUUCAGGAGUAUCUCUGUCAAAAGUCACAGCGACUGGAGAAACAGGGCAGUGGGUUAGUCCGGUACAACCAAGUGGAGAAUAUGCCCGUGUCUGAAUUCUUCUGUUGGAAGUACCUGCCAACGAUUGUCAUGGUCAGCUACGGCGUGUUAUGGCAGAUUGCCGCCUACGAGAUUCAGCGAUUGGAGCCCUACUACCAACUCUCGCAACCCACCGGCAACACGGCGGCUAAAAGUCUCAAUCUCGACUAUGUCACCAUCUGGUCGUACUUUGUUCCAUACAAGGCGUUCAAAUACCGACACUGGCUCGUUUUCGUUUGUUCCAUUGGAACCAUCCUUGCCACGACAGCUGCACCCUCUCUCCAAAACCCCAGUCUCAUAAGCGUCAAGAAUCCCCAUUGCCACGGUGUCAAGGACUGCGGUGGUGAUUUCGCCAACAUCCUUCGAAUCCAGCCCAUCUGGUCUCGUCUCAUGACGGCUUGUCUCAUCCUCGUCGCAAUCCUCUCCACCAUCAUGCUGUUCAUGCUUCAACGGAAAUCAGGACUCCUCAGCGACCCGCGCGGAAUCGCAGGCGUCGCAUCCAUGGCGACCAAAUCGCACAUCCUCCGAGACUUUGACGGAAUGGACGAAUCCCUCCAUGAUGACAUCCACAAAAAGCUCCGCCACCGUCGAUACAUCCUCUACAAAUCCACCAUCUGGCAGGGCGAAUUCACCAAACAAACCGAAUUCGAUCCUCCCGAGUUACGAGUCGAAAACCCCAACCCGAACCCGCAACCCAUCAUCCUCCGCACCUACGUCCUCCUCGCCUUCAUCGCCUUCAUGGUCGUCUGCCUCCCCUUCAUCCCUGCCAUCUCUUACACCUCCCUCAACAAAAUCACCCGCACCCUCCCCUGGCUCCCCGUCCUCCUCUCAACCCUCAUCAAGCAAAUCUGGGCCACCCUCGAAUUCAACGUCAAAAUGCUCGAACCCUUCUACACUCUUUCCAAGGGAAACGCCCACCCCGAACAAACCCUCACCCUAGACUACCAGGGUACCCCAUAUGGCCUCCUCCCGUGCAAAGCCCUCUUAAACCGCCACUACCUCGUCGCCCUAAUCGGCAUCGGCUCCAUCCUCGGCGACAUCCUCACAAUCACCUUCUCCUCGCUCUCACUGGCCUCCGAAACGCCUUCUUCCUUCUACUCCUCCUCCAUCCUGUCAACCACCAUCGUCUCCAUCAUGAUUUUCUCCGCGUUUAUCGCUUUCCUCCGGCGCAGACGCCCCUUUAUGCCCCGCCAACCGUCUACCAUUGCAUCCAUCUUAGCCUUCAUCCACCAGUCCCGUAUGCUCGAUGACUUUGUCGAUACGGAGCUCUACACACAUAGCCAGAUGCAGGAUAUGCUUAUUCGGAAGGGCAAGACGUAUGGGCUAGGCUGGUUUAGAGGAAGAGAUAAUCGCCCGCAUUGUGCGAUUGACCAGGAGCCCAUGUUGAGUCGGUAUCGGCAUGGGGUGAGUUACAUCCGGGCUCAGGCGCCGUGGGAGGAGAAUAUUGGGGUUUGA